GGUGAGCCUCCUUCUCCCAGCUCCGCGCGCAGGGGUGCAAGGAUGGGGCGUUCAAUAAAGGACAUUGCAAAGCUGGGAUGUACCCCUGCAAAGCUGUCCAUUCAGAGAGCAGUUUGCUUUAAAAUUACCAAAUUAUCAUCAUUUCUACUUCCCCGAAUUCCGCUAGCAGAGGCAUCACGAAAAUGGGAUCAUUUUCAUCUGCUUCUCUCUGCAACAGCAUCUCCCACCUGGCUGUUCAGUGUCAAAGAAGCCUCCAGCAGUACGCUCAACCGUCGGUACUCUUCUUCCUCUUGGGCAGCAUCUUUGGAAGGUACUCCCAUGACCCUCUAUUACUGUUGCCUUAGUGAUCCUCCCAACUAUAUAAAAGAAGAUAAUAAAGCCUGUCUUGCAAGAAAUUUAGGCUGAUUACUUCACUGGGUGUUAUGCAAGAGGGAUUCUACACUUUAUGUCAUGCAGUUUCACUCCUGAUGCUUAAGAUCAGCUGGAAACUCCAAUGGUGGAUAUAAGUGCAAACUACUGAUCAAGAGAAGUCUUCACUGGCUUCUGGACACCGCCCUGGUUUUUGAACCUUUAGGAAAUGCAUUUACCACGGAGGAGGCGGCUACAACGGAACCGAAUCUUUUUCUUGCUUGCUAUAGUGUUGGUCCUUUCUAUCUAUCAGCUCCAGUUCAGCCCCUCUGCCCUUCCAGCUCCACACGCAGCACCCCAACCCACGGACCCUGUGAAAGUCACCUCCAGGGACCUCUCCAGCAACAAGACUGCCGUAACACGCAAUGUCACAGCAGCACCCAAAAUAAGGCACUGUGUAUAUGUGGAUCCCGAGCCAACUGUGCCCAUCACUACAUCAGUGGGUACGACACCACAGCGAGAAAAUGUCAGUGAAAGCUACCCAGAUGAAAAGCCACCACACGAGUCCAAAGGAGAAUAUCCCCAGGACCUAUUCAGUGUGGAAGAACGCAGGCAAGGGUGGGUUGUACUUCACAUCUUUGGCAUGAUGUAUGUAUUUGUGGCCUUGGCCAUAGUGUGUGAUGAGUAUUUUGUCCCUGCUUUGGGAGUGAUCACAGAAAAGUUGCAGAUCUCUGAAGAUGUGGCUGGAGCCACCUUCAUGGCAGCAGGUGGAUCAGCACCAGAACUCUUCACCUCCCUCAUAGGUGUCUUCAUCUCACACAGCAAUGUGGGCAUCGGUACCAUUGUGGGCUCAGCAGUGUUUAAUAUCCUCUUUGUCAUUGGCACCUGUGCCCUCUUCUCGAGGGAGAUACUCCACCUGACAUGGUGGCCCUUAUUUAGAGACAUCUCAUUCUACAUUGUAGACUUACUGAUGCUCAUCCUGUUUUUCCUAGACAGUGUCAUUGAUUGGUGGGAAAGCCUCCUUUUACUGACUGCCUAUGCCAUAUAUGUGUUCACUAUGAAACAGAACGUGUACCUAGAACAAUGGGUGAAGGAGGAGCUGAACAAGAAGCUAAAUGCUGUGCAGGCAGCAUCAGCAGAGCAUAUACGGAAGAAAAGCAGUGCAGCAGUUGCGGAUGAUGGAACAAAGAAGCCAGCAGAUGGGAGGAGACUGCAGCCUGGAUCAGCCUUACAGCGAGGCAGCAGUUCAGCCUCCCUGCACAACUCUCAGAUGCGCAGCACCAUCUUCCAACUCAUGAUCCACACCCUGGACCCCCUGGCAGAAGCAAGAUUUAAAGACAGGGUCGACAUCCUGAGCAAGAUAGCCAAGGCCAAAGUAGACGCUCUGGCUGGACAAGGAUCAAAACCAGAAGCAGAAGAGGAAAAGAAGGCACCGAGCAGCGUCCAGGUAACUCCUGCCAGUGACUCUGAACCCAGCAAAGAGAAACAGAACGCAAACGCACCACAAGAUGGACAGCCCUCAUCAGACAGCAACACCUCAGAAGACAGCAGCUCUGGGAGUGAGGAAGACAGUGAUGAUGACAGCACAGAUGAUGAUGAUGAAAAUGAUGAGCCAUUAUCUCUUGAAUGGCCAGAAACUCGGAAGAAACAAGCAAUUUACCUUUUCCUCUUUCCCAUUGUCUUCCCUCUCUGGAGCACUAUGCCUGACGUUAGAAACCCAGACUCCAAAAAAUUCUUUGUCAUCACGUUUUUUGGAUCCAUCAUCUGGAUUGCUGUAUUCUCUUACCUCAUGGUGUGGUGGGCUCACCAGGUUGGUGAAACAAUUGGGAUAUCAGAGGAAAUUAUGGGGUUAACCAUACUGGCAGCAGGAACAUCAAUCCCUGACCUUAUCACCAGCGUCAUUGUCGCACGGAAAGGCUUAGGUGACAUGGCUGUCUCCAGUUCCGUAGGCAGCAAUAUCUUCGAUAUCACUGUUGGUUUGCCGGUUCCUUGGUUCCUUUAUUCUGUCUUCAAUGGACUCAGUCCAGUUGCAGUCAGUAGCAACGGUUUGUUUUGUGCAAUUGUCCUCCUUUUUCUCAUGCUCCUAUUUGUGAUCAUCUCAAUCGCUGCAUGUAAAUGGAAAAUGAACAAACUACUGGGGCUCACUAUGUUCGCUCUUUACUUUGUGUUUUUGAUCAUCAGUGUGAUGUUGGAAGACAAGAUAAUAUCCUGCCCCGUAUCUGUAUGACAUUUGGACGCAUGCAGAUGUAUGGACGCAUACAUCAAAAUGAGAAGGGGUUUAAGGUAGCAAUUGUUCUACUGCAAAAAAGCAACCAGAAUUACAACAAACUUACGGGGAAUAAAGUAUCUUUAACAUACUAAAAAUAAUAAAUCUCAAGUGGUGUGGCAGCCUCUACUAUUUUUCUUUAGGAUCAGAAAAGAUCAGAUAACGAGGUGACUGAUAUCAAACAGCAUACGUGUUCAGGCAUUCAUGGAAAGGCUGAUACGAUACAGAUGUGUGAAGUUUUGAGGGUGGCUGAUCCCCUCAUGUUAACGAAGCCAAUUGCCAGCACAGAAUGUUUACUCAUUAUAGAAAUGUUUUCAGGAGGACACUCUAAAUUACCUAGUGAACUCCUCAAACUCACUGAAAUCAAUGACCUUUACUUCAGUGGGAACAGGACUGGACUCCGGGGCCUGCCUUUACAGACGUACUCUGCUUAAAAUCAUGUGAACACACGUUCUGCAGCUCAGAAGUGAACUCCCUCAAACGGUGUACAAGCACUGAGCGCAGCGCUUCCCGAUGCUUGUGCUGCAGCUGGUUUGCCAGGGCUUCCCCGCGCAGAGGUAGUUUUCGUCCUUUCAGCAAACGCCACAAUAAAGCAGCCACAACUGGUACUCGACACAUACCUCCAGGAAAGUGGACACAGAACACACUGAUGCACUUCAGAGGCGAUGCUUUUGGCUGGCCCUCUUAAGACUGGGGGAAAUGUAGUACCAAGAUUUUCAAGGAAAAAGCAAAGCAGGAAGAAUUAUUUCUCUCUGCAGAAGAACACGGGAUUUGAGAGUUGCAGAGCUAUCCUGAAAGCUAUCCAUAUGGCUCCCUUUCACUCUGUAUCUGAUCUUGCAACACAGUCUGGGGUUAGAACAUCGUAUUACCACAAAUAAAAACUAAAACCAGGAAUCAGAAAUACUACAACAAGAAGUUGAACUGCUUAAGUUUUGUCUUCAUCCUGACACUAAUCUCUGAAAUUUACAGAUGACUGUAUCCAGCACUAAUUCUUGUUAGUGCUGUCUUUACAUAACCACUAUGAAAAAACGCCACUGACAUCAGCUAUCAAC